AUGUCUUCCAAGUUGAGGAUUCUGGUCCCCGUCAAGAGAGUCAUUGACUAUGCUGUCAAACCUCGAGUAAGAUCCGACCGAACAGGUGUCGAGACGUCCGGCGUCAAGCACUCGCUUAAUCCGUUCGACGAGCUUUCGAUCGAAGAAGCAGUUCGACUGCGUGAACGCAAGCAGCCCGUCGAAGAGAUUUUGGCGGUGAGCGCAGGCCCCGCGAAAUGCGCGGACACGCUGCGGACGGCGAUGGCGAUGGGCGCAGACCGGUCGAUCCACGUCGACGUCCCCGAGGACAAGCCGCUGGAACCGCUGAGUGUGGCGAAACUGCUCAAGGCCAUCGCGGAGAAGGAGCAGAGUAACUUGAUUAUCCUGGGCAAGCAGGCCAUCGACGACGACGCUGGCCAGACGGGCCAGAUGCUGGCGGGACUGCUGAACUGGCCGCAGGCGACCCAGGCAAGCAAAGUCGACAUCAAGGACAACCAGGUUACCGUGACCCGCGAGGUUGACGGUGGCAUCGAGACAAUCCGCGCAAAGCUACCUAUCAUCAUCACUACUGAUCUGCGUCUCAAUGAACCCCGAUAUGCAAGCUUGCCCAAUAUCAUGAAGGCAAAGAAGAAGAAGCUCGACAAGAAAUCCCUGGCUGACUAUGGUGUCGAUGUGAAGCCCCGUCUCAAGACUAUCAAGGUUGAGGAACCUCCGGUCAGACAGGGUGGCGGCAAGGUCGAGGAUGUCGAUGGCUUAAUUGGCAAGCUGAAGGAGUUGGGCGCCAUCUGA